GCCAAAAUGGCGUUUUCGACGACACAUUGCAUUUUCAGAGGCACAUGCUUUACGGUACCGGUGUAAGUCACCAGUGUGGGAAUUGUGAAUGGCGCAUUUGGUCAGAUUUUAAGAGUACGUAUUUAAUUAGAGCCGCUGGAUUGGAAAAUUUGUGUCGUUUUAACCGUGUGUGUAAGAUAUUAUCUCAUAGCUGCUCAGCUUAGGCUAAGGAGUCGGUAGCCACUUGUCCUUGUCGACAUGACGGCUAGUUAGCCGAGUAGUUAGCAGCUCAGCCGGGCGGCUAGUAGUAGCUCUCGUUAGCGCGGGGUUUGGCCCUCCUUCACUCACUCACUCACUUACUCAGCCAUGACCGUGAAGCUCACCACCCAGGCGUACUGCAAGAUGCUGCUGCACGCCGCCAAGUACCCGCACUGCGCCGUGAACGGGCUGCUGGUGGCCGAGCGGCAGCGGGAGCGGCGCAGGGACGGGCACGGCGUGCCGGUGCUCUACGUGGACUGUGUGCCGCUCUUCCACGGCACGCUCGCGCUGGCGCCUAUGCUGGAGGUGGCGCUCAACCUGAUCGAUACCUGGUGUAAAGAAAACCGAUAUGUAAUAGCAGGGUAUUACCAAGCCAACGAGCGCAUUAAGGACUUCAGGCCUAACCAGGUUGCUGAAAAAGUAGCAGCCCGCAUCUCGGAGAACUUCAGCGAAGCGACGCUGAUUGUGGUGGACAACAGUAAAUUUACCAUGGAUUGCUAUGAGCCUAUAUUGACGAUCUUCGAGCAUCAUGAAAACAAGUGGAAAUGCCGGGACUCGACUGGAGACUGCUGCGAGGACUGGGUGGAAGCUCAGAAGAUCACAGCGGCUCUCCUGGAGAGCAGGUCCUACGAGAACCUUAUAGACUUUGACAACCACCUGGAUGAUCUAAGGAACGACUGGACAAAUCCAGAAAUCAACAAGUCGGUGUUGCACCUUUGCUAAGAGUUUGGAGUGCAGCAGCAGCGCUCUUCAAAGCCACUUCUCCCUAAACGGAAGUCAGAUCACUGUUGUGUGUCUGUCGCUGGUGAAUUGCUUUCAGUGGAUGAGCUUAUUCACACACUUCAGUACUUCUAAGUGCGAGCAGGAAAAUGGCUCGAGGCAUUACGAUCUAUACACAUUUUGAAGGCCUGUUAAUUAAAAGAAAGAGUCGUGUGUCAGAUAAAAUACAGAUUGUCUACUUUUACAGGCAAAUUAUUGUACUCGUUCACUUAAAUAUUAACUGAAUUUGAAAAGUCGGACAUCUGAUUCUUCUUAAUGUAAUGAGAUGCUUUAAAUGUAUACUUUAGCCUUAUAAAAGUAUAGACUAAGCUAGUAAAGGAAAUAUUUGAGGACUCAAACAAAUCAUAGUGUGGAAAAAUUUAAAUGACAUUAAAAUUGUAAUUUAAUUAGUCUAAAUAUUUAAACCCUUUCCUGGGGGGAUAUAUUGACCAGUGUUUGGUAUAACUGAUAGAAUGUGUUGAUUAUCCUUCCACUGGCUAAACUGAUCACAUUCAUUUUUCCUGUACAUUAAUUUUGGCUUACAUUAUGGUUUUAGUGCUCUCAGUCUUUGCAUGUAAAUGCAGUGGGGAAAAUGGGGAAUAUUUACAAAUAAACACCUUUCAGGUCAUUGUAUUUCAUUUCUUAGUGUUGAUGAAAGUCAUGUAUAAUAAAUGAGAUUAAAUCGUUCUAAAUCCUGUAUCACAAGGGAUUUGGUUAGCUCAGCAUUUAAAGUUUUACUGUUAUGUACUUUGUACUUACAUAGGUAAAACAACAGGACAUAAAGCA